ACAGCUGAGCGGCUCUUCUGGAUUUCGCUGACGUUGCGCCUGGUCCCGCCUGGCCUCCUCUGAGCAGGAUGGACACUCUGGAGUCAGAGCUGACCUGCCCAAUCUGCCUGGAGCUCUUUGAAGACCCACUACUGCUCCCCUGCGCCCAUAGCCUCUGUUUCGGCUGCGCCCACCGCAUCCUCAUCUCCCACUGUGCCACCAACGAAUCUGUUCAAAGCAUCGGCGCCUUCCAGUGCCCCACCUGUAGAUAUGUCAUUUCCCUGAGUCCGGAGCGUGGAUUAGAAGGACUUAAGAGAAACGUCACCUUGCAGAACAUUAUUGAUAGAGUUCAGAGGGCCUCAUCUUCAGCUGGGCUCCCUCUACCACUGCCAUUGCCUGCGCCACACAGCGGGCCAAACUCUCCCGGCGAGGAAGGGAGCAACCGAUUGGCGCUGGUCCCUGUCAGCGCCGCCAUGUCCAGCCCAGGAACACCUCCUGAACCGGUCCAGUGCCAGUUCUGCGAGCAGGACCCGCCACAGGAUGCCGUCAAAACGUGCGUGACGUGCGAGGUGUCGUAUUGCGAGGAGUGCCUCCGAGCGACUCAUCCAAACAAGAAGCCGUUCACCGGCCACCGGCUCAUCGAGCCCAUGCCGGACUCCCACCUGAGAGGGCUCCAGUGCCUGGAGCACGAUGAGGAGAAGGUGAACAUGUACUGUGUCACUGAUGAUCAGCUGAUCUGCUCGCUGUGCAAACUGGUUGGAAGGCACAGAGACCACCAGGUGGCAGCACUGAGCGACCGCUAUGAAAAACUGAAGCAAGCCCUGGACUCCAACCUGAGCAAUUUGAUCAAGAGGAACAAUGAGCUGGAGUCGCUUAUGGGGAAACUGAUCCAGACUUGUCAACAUGUAGAGGUGAACGCGUCGCGCCAGGAGGGCAAGCUCCUGGAGGAGUGCGAUCUCCUGAUUGACAUUAUUCAGCAGAGGAGGCAGAUCAUUGGAAGCAAGAUCAAGGAGGGGAAGGCACAAAGGCUCCGGAAGCUCGCCCAACAGAUCUCCAACUGCAAGCAGUGCAUCGAGAGGUCCUCGGCCCUCAUCACACAGGCCGAUCAGACGCUCAAAGAAACCGACCACGCUCGCUUCCUGCAGACCGCCAAGAGCAUCAACGAGAGGGUUUCCAUGGCAACCGCAUCGACCCAAGUGCUGAUCCCUGAGAUACACCUAACGGACACCUUUGAUACUUUCGCCCUGGACUUCGCCAGAGAGAAGAAGAUGCUAGAGAGUCUCGAUUACCUUACUGCUCCCAAUGCUCCGAGCAUAAGGGAAGAGUUGUGCACGGCUUCAUACGACACCAUCGCGGUCCACUGGACAUCUGAUGAUGAAUUCACAGUGGUGUCCUAUGAGCUCCAGUACGCCAUCUUCACUGGGCAGUCUAACAUUGCCAGUCUGUGUAACUCACUGGAGAGCUGGAUGAUUGUUCCCAACAUCAAGCAGAACCACUACACGGUGCACGGUCUGCAGAGCGGCACCAAGUAUAUCUUUGUUGUCAAGGCCAUUAACCAAGCGGGAAGCAGGAGCAGUGAACCGGGGACUCUAAAGACCAACAGCCAGCCAUUUAAGCUGGACCCGAAAUCGGCCCACAAGAAGCUGAAGGUGUCCCACGAUAACCUGACAGUGGAGCGGGACGAAACCACGUCCAAGAAAGGCCACAGCCAGGACCGCUUCACCAGCCAGAGCAGCUACGGCGUGGUGGGCAACGUCUAUAUCGACAGUGGUCGUCACUACUGGGAGGCUUUGAUCGGAGGGAGCACAUGGUACGCUGUGGGCAUAGCCUACAAAUCAGCUCCCAAGCACGAGUGGAUCGGCAAGAACUCGGCCUCCUGGGUGCUCUGCCGCUGCAACAACUCCUGGGUAGUCCGCCAUAACAGCAAGGAGCUGGCCAUCGAGCCCUCGCCCCACCUGCGACGCGUUGGGGUCCUGCUUGACUACGACGCCGGCUACUUGACCUUCUAUGACGCGGUGGGCUCCCAGCACCUGCACACAUUUCACGUCUCCUUCAUCCAGCCCGUGUGUCCCGUGUUCAACGUGUGGAAUAAGUGUCUGACGAUUCUCACUGGUCUACCUAUCCCCGACCAUUUAGAGGGACUGGAUCCCCAAGACUGAAAACUACAAGAAUAAAUCAGCAUAAACUCGUUUUAAUCAUCUUGAAGCUGCACUGGGCAAGAUUUGUGAAAAGGAUCAUCUUUGAAUAGAGAACAGAAGAGUGUCCCAUCCUUUUUUUAAAUCAUAAAGAUCUGCUCUAUUUACCUAAAUUAAAUUCUGGUCUUGUCUCACUUUUAUUGCACCCAGAGGCAGUGACGAAACAAUGAGUGAAAUACGAACUGCCUCCUAAACAGCAAGCUAGCAAGCAAAACUGGACUCACCAGUGUUGAUAUAUUCUCCUUUUCCCAUUCGGUUUCUUUGGCACAUGCCGUCACAGACAUGAGCACGUGAGUCGCCCAAGGACAUUACUUUCUCAAUCCAAGUAAUUGAAACACUUGGUGCAAAUUGACCUAUUGCAGCUUUAAUAUGCAAAGAAAAAAGAAGAGAUGCCUGGGUCUUAUUUUAUAAAGUUCGUCAAAGUGAUUUUCAGUUGUUUGCUAUGAAUCUUAAAAGCAAAUAUGAUGCUGGUUCAUGCCAUCUUUGACUCUUAGAAAAAACUAUUCUAGAUGGAUGACAGUAAGCUGGAGUCAAUCCAGAAGAAACCAGGACAAAUGGACAGAGCUGAGUCAGAAAUUCCUACUCGAAGGCACUUUGGGCCACGAUGGGCGUGUUUGUACCACUGCGUCUAGGAAACAAGCCACAAAUCAAUUUCUAAUUUUCACCUUAUCAGAUAUAGCACUUUGAAAAUCUCUGAAAGUACACACACAUACACUUACACAGAAUACACACACACACACACACACACACACACACACACACACAAAAACAAGUGCGAAUACACACACACCUCCCCAACUUUAAUCAAUCGCGGUUGCUGGGAAGAGCAGAAUAAUAGAUGUAUAUUUUGUAAAUGCACCCCCCCUUAUCUUUCCCUUGUUCAUUAAAAAGGAACCAAAGUAGCCAUUGCUUGUCUGUUCAGAUGUCUUUACAUAAAUUUUACAUAAGUUAAUAAAUGCUGAAUUAUUUUUAAAAACAUGACAGAGAGGAAAAUAGCGUUAUGCUAAUAUUAAAUGCAGGAUUCCCUUAAAGGUAGACCUUGUUUUUGCACAUUGUUCAUACUUUAUUCAUCGUUUUGUAGCCUAAAAAUCUAAUUCAUUUUGGUGCAAUUAACAUGCAUUCAUAUUGGGAAAGUGUUGUGUUCUGUUUGACUUAUUGUGUUAAUUUCCUUUUUAGGCAGCCAGACAAGUCUUGCCGUUAUGAUUUUAUGUGAUACAUAAUAUGUGAAGUUGUGUUACAGUUGUAGCCCCAGGUUAUUAUUGGAGCUAGGAGGUAAAAUGCUCAUUUGGGUGUAAUUGUUUUUUUCCUCUCUCUCCUAUAAAACAAGUGAGACCUAUUUGUGCCAGUGUGCCAAUACUCCAGACUCAUUCAUUUGCUUUUAACAAAGACUGUCUUUGCAAAAUCUUAAAUUUUACAUGUCAUUUUCACACUAAGGUCUUAUUUCAUCAAUGCAGCGUAUUGUUUAAAAAGGUUGAAUUACUCUCUAUAGAAAACACACUUUCACAUUAUUGAAACAACGCAGCCAUGCACAGGGAGCUGUCCUCAGUCUUGUCGCACAUUGAUGAUGUCACUCUUCACUCAUUGGCUGAAUCUUGAUUUGAGUUUCUUGCUAUGUAAACGGGACAAAAUGGCCUCAAUGAGAUUCAGAAAGGCCCUUACAACAAAAUCUCUCUAAGGGUUGCUGUCAAUUCUAUAUAAUCUUAUCCUAAUGUGACAAACAGUGACAAAAAUGGCACUCCUUAGUGUAAAUACGAAGAUUUGUUUGUAAUUUUCAAUGUUGCUUUGUUUCAAUAGCUGGUACACUUAAAAGUAUGACAACAAAUAACGAUCUAUUCUUUAACUCUGUGAUUCCUUGGCAAUUAAUUGAACUGUACGUUUUCAUUGUACAUGAUACGAAUAUGUAGUGCUUAAUUUAAUGUUUCCAUUUGAACUUUAUGACCAUGGUGUUACAUGUUGUGUCUCUGUAGACAUUUUUAUGGAAAACAGGAUAUGUGAGCUUGCAUCACUGUCGUCUGAGAUGUGUUUAUGAGAAGGUCAAAAAUAAACGUUGUUCCUUUUCACAUUAAA